ACUUUCAAUAUCAAAAUGGACUCCAUUAAAAGCUCACAAAUUGAGACAGCCAUACAACACAUAUCAGAGUCAGUGUUUGUGGGACUGUGUCAGAAAUUGGGAACCUCACAACUAGUGGUCAUGAGGAGAGAUUUGGUGGACAUUAAUGAUAUCGUGAGAAAUCAAAUGAAAACACGUAAUGAGUACAGUAGGAUGGUGAGUGGAAGUCAAAGAGAAGGAUUCAGACUGAAAGGAUCAGAUGUAGACUUUAUGUACUGGCCAAAUAAUCACCGUGUGAUCUGGGAAUUUUCUUAGUCUCAGUAUUACAACACACACAGGCAAACACUGAUUCUCUGUGAAUGUUCCGAUAGUCCACCCGGAUAUGCUUUGUUAUAUUUACUGUCACCAAGCCUGGAGAGAAAAAUCCAGAGAGCUUGUGUUGAAAUGAAUAACAGACAUUAUAUAUCUAGUUCUAUAUACAAACAGAAUAUGUGUUCUGUAUCAAUACCAAAUUCCACUCUACAUGGACCCUGUACCAGUGGAACAAUUCGUAGACUAGAAUAUGAUCAAGCCCUAUGUUUUGUUAGUGACUUUUGGCCUCCAUCUGCCUCCUCAUGGAUAGACAGAUGUCACUCAUGGCCCAAGCCUCAUUUCGUUAAUAACAUUGUGAAAAUGGGAUGUCUCUUUGUAGCAAUAGGACAUAAGAUAGGAAGACAUGAAGACCAUGAAUGGAGAAUUUCUUUCUCUCUGGCAGAACAAAAACUAGUGAAUGCAAUGAAUCAUUCUCAAUUCUUAACUUAUGGCUUACUUAAAGUGUUCUUAACAGAAAUAAUUAACAAUGGACUAGAUGAUGAUCGGAAAAAACUGAGUUCCUAUCACAUGAAGACAGCAGUUUUCUGGGUGAUUCAACAAAAUACAACACCUCACUGGUGUCCACAAAAUCUCCUGGGGUGUUUCUGGGUCUGUUUUAAGCUCAUUCUUGAAUGGGUGUAUGAGGGGGUCUGUCCUAACUUUUUCAUUCCAGACAACAACAUGUUUCUCAGUAAAAUUGAUGGUGAAGCUCAACAUCAACUAUUUUUCAGAUUGUAUAGCUUGUAUGAGAAGGGAUUAGCAUUCCUGCUACACAGUCCCUCCAUUGGAUCUUAUAUUAUAAAUGUCCUUCAUAACCCCAGACUUUCCAUAUGUACAGAUGAACAUACAUUGAUUUCUGAGGCUGAGUUUGAUAGAAACCUAUAUGGUGAAAUACAAUGCUAUGACACCAUUUACAAAUUCAACAUACAAGGCUGUAUGCGACAUCUACAUAUAUUAGAACAGAUGAUAGAUUCACCCCUCCUGACACAGUAUCAACUCCUCAAGCUUCAGAAACUUACAGCUAAUGUCCUUCAAAAAACAGCUUUUAUAUUACACAUGGAAACUUACACACCUAGAAACAAACUGAGGUAUAGAACUGACAAAAUCUCCUGUCACAUGCUGAAAUUAGCAGCUAAGUUUGGUUGUAUUACUGACAUGAUGUACAAAGCCAUACAUUAUUACAAGGCAAUUAGUUACAUGGAAACUUUAUCUAUUGUAGAGAUGAUCAAGGUCAAACUAGCACAGCCUUAUGUCAUGUAUAAGUCAAAUGUAGACAGAGAGAAGUAUACUGAGGCUGUAGAGGCGCAGUCCUGGUCUAAAAAGAUGAGACAGGCUGUAGCUGGGGAUAUCAUACUUUACAAUAGAAUCCAUUACAUUAGGGAAUUGAUACCAGAACAACAGUCCGCUCUACAGAACAAGAUCCCUGCAUUAUUUGUCCCACCCUUGAUACUGUUAAACAUGCUAGAAGUCUUGUGCUACAGACAUGUAGACACAAUGAGAGUACAAUCAGCUCUAGAUGAUCUACAGACCCUCGUUCACUCUGAUCAGGGACAGCUAAUACCUUUCAGGGACAUAUCAUGGCAGAUUCUGGGGAUCUGUCAACAGGUGACAGGGAACCAUCAAGCUGCUCUAUACUCAUACCAACAAUCUCUCAGACAAGAACCUUUCAACAAAAUUCAUAGUGCUACCAAAAUAAGAAUACAGAAAAUUUGUCAUUUGAAUCCUUUAACUACUUAAUUGUGAUAUAUUUUUUACGAGUUUACCACAUAUUUCUAUUUACUACAUAUUUCUUCUGAUUUCAUAUUUUCUUUGUUCAGUCUUUUCAUAUCAUCAAAAACCUAAUAAAUAGUACAUAUAAAACACUGAUAAAAUAAAAACGGUAGAAUUUUGUGUUUCUUACAUAUAUUUAAUAAUAUAGUAUUACUCAUCAAAUAUUAUAAUUUGAAAAAAAAAUGUCUAUUGUAGUAUUUAUAUAAUUUGCUUUAAUCAAAGUGCUCAAACAUGGCAUUUUCCUAUAUAAUCAUUUAGUAAAUGUACCUGUAUUUUGAGUCGGGCCCUCAAAAAUACCUGGACGGUAGAUUUCCCCCAAACGUUGCAUGUACACUGAAGUUAAUGUAAGCUAUAUAUAAUAUAAAAAUGAAGAUUUCGCUAUUGUAGUUUUCACACAAUAAAACUAUAGUCGCCCCCUUAAAUUAUCCCGAUCAAAAUUAUCACAAAAUAAAUAAAAAUGCUAAUUUAUUGCCUCUUCAUGUAUUUACAAUGAAAUAAUCCAUUUUAUUAUCAAGUUCAAUAAUGUUUAACUUUUAUUAUACCUUAUUAAACUAGUGUUCUUUGGGAAAUAC